GACAUCAGCUUCCCAGCCCCCUGACAGGACGGUGCUUAUUGGUGCAUAGGCCCCUCCAGGACAAUAACAUUGUUCUCUUUCCCCCCACCCCCCUCCGCAACCUCGGCUGUUGCCGGCUGAUGUGCCUAUAAAAACCCGUCGAGACUCCAAAGGUGCUGAAUAUCAUUACAGCUCUGACACAACGCCCGUCGCCAAGCGCCCGGAGCAGAUCCCGGCUUCCUGUGGCUGCACCUUGUAGUAGAGAUCGCCAGGAAAAAAAACUAGAGGCGUGCGAAACGGCUUGGCGGGCAGUGACUCCAACUGUGAAAGAGGGAAUUCACCAGGAGACCGGUGGUGUGUGUGUGGUGUGUGUCUGUGUGUGUGUGUGUGAGAGCGCGCGCGUGUGCCUCCUGCCCAGGGGAUAUGGACUCCGAUGCCAGUCUGGUGUCCAGCCGCCCGUCCUCACCGGAGACGGAUGACAUCUUCCUUACCACCCGGAGCAAGGGUAGCAGCAGCGGGGGCGGCGGCGGAUUCUCCGGUGGCACGGUCUCCUCCUCUACACCAAACGACUGCCAGCCGGAGCUGAGCGCGGAGCUUCGAAACGCCAUGGGCGCGGCGGGCGUGCACCCAGGGGACAAGCUGGGCGGCGGCUGCUUUAAGUCCUCGUCCUCCACCACUUCGUCUUCCUCUUCCACCUCAUCGUCUUCCUCGGUCGCAUCUUCUACCAAGAAGGACAAGAAGCAGAUGACUGAGCCAGAGCUCCAGCAGCUUCGGCUCAAGAUCAACAGCCGGGAGCGCAAGCGGAUGCACGACCUCAACAUCGCCAUGGACGGCCUUCGUGAAGUCAUGCCGUACGCGCACGGACCCUCGGUGCGCAAGCUCUCCAAGAUAGCUACUCUUCUUCUAGCCCGCAACUACAUCCUCAUGCUCACCAACUCCUUAGAGGAAAUGAAGCGGCUGGUCAGCGAGAUCUAUGGCGGCCACCACGCUGGUUUCCACCCCUCAGCCUGCGGAAGUUUGGCACAUUCGGCGCCUCUGCAGGCAGCCGCUGCGCACCCAGCAGCAGCGCACGCCUCCCACCAUCCCGCAGUCCAUCACCCAAUAUUGCCGCCCGCUGCGGCAGCAGCAGCUGCAGCUGCAGCAGCCGCCGCGGUUUCCAGCGCCUCUCUUCCAGGCUCAGGCCUUUCCGCGGUCAGCUCCAUACGACCCCCGCAUGGCUUGCUCAAGUCGCCCUCGGCGUCCGUGGCCACCCCGUUGGGCAGUGGAGGGGGAGGCGGUGGUAGUUUCCAGCACUGGGGUGGGAUGCCCUGCCCGUGUAGCAUGUGCCAGGUGCCUCCACCCCACCACCAUGUUUCUGGUAUGAGCACGACCAGCCUCCCCAGACUCACUUCUGACGCCAAAUGAGCUCAGCCAAAGCCAGCCUAGGCUUUGGAAAGGGCCGUGACUGGGGAUGGAGAGGAGAGGGUGAGGAGCUGAACUAGCUCCAGCUGUGGAACAUUUUCCUGGAGAAAAGGGGAGAGAGGAAAGGACGAAGGGCCCUAGACUGUGAAUCUCCAAGGGACAGAAGAGACGGAGGCCCCAGUUGCAGGGGUCGGCGACCUUUUCCCUAUGGCCUCUGCCAGCCCUCCCGGACCUACGAACAAAACAAAACACUCGUUUGAUGAAGCAAUUUAAAGAAGGCGCUGGCAACUUCCACUUCGACGUUACCCCUCUGUUCUCCCGGCAAUAUACACUAGUUUCUUCGCCUCUGAUGGAAGCCGAGCAGGAUCAUACAACUCGAGCACCGAUUUUUACAUUUUCUUCUCUCCCUUCUCCGGUUUCUUCUUCCUAUGGAUCAGAAAAAGUAAGCCCAAGACUAGUUGCAAGAAACAGACUCGGACACACACCCUCAACGAGUUUUCUUAGUCUCCCCCUUGUAAAGAAGUUGGAAGCCGGUAUUCUGUACAGCGCAUACAAGUUCUUUCCAUUUUCAGUAACUGUAUACACCCACAACUCACCGUGAAUUAUGGCAAUUUUUCUUUUCUCGUUCUUUUUUUCAGUGUUGUUCUUGUUAUUCACUUGAGUUUUGUUGUUGUUGUUGUUGGCCUUUUUAAUGUGAUUUUUUUUUUCAAAAGAGGAGAGACUUGGUAGGCAAAAUAAGAAUAAGACGCUUGUGAAAUGGACUAACCAAAACGGCCACUGGCUUUUUGGUGGUGUUCUUGGUUUUCUUUUUUUUUUUUUUAAGGCAUUUUAUACUCCUCUCUUCCUACUCUUUCUGUUGCAGAUUACAAAAUGUGAAAGAAGGUGGUUUGGUUUCUUGCUUUCUUCCCUGAAGUUCGAUAUCCUGUAGUUUGAAAGAACUAAAAAAGUUUUUGCUGUAAAUGUAGUCUUAGUGAUUUUUGUUUGUUUGUUUUUUAAACAGUUUCUCUCGUGGAGUUGUAAAUAUAAUGUCAGAUGAUGAAAUGUGUUCUUUUUGCUGAAGCUUUCUGUUUGUACACAUGUGCUGUAUGAGGCUCAUGGAUGUCUAAGAUUUUCUUUUAUUAAUGUUUUCUUUAAGCCACGUUUAACAAAGUUGCAACAAACCUUCAGUGUGCUUUCUAUGUCAAAACAGAACAGACCAGACUUGCUGUAAUAUUAGUGCUGGGCUUCUUAGCAUCUGCAAUAUAACACCACCUUUCUUAUCGCUGCUCCCUGCAGAGAUUUUAUCAUCUGUUUUAUUUUUGUAAAAAAAAAAUGCUAAAUAAUAUUUAUUACUUGUUUGGUUGCAAAAACAUAAAAUAAAUGAUCAACUGUUGAAAUUUUAAAUAAAAAACACAUUUUAAGUAA